AUGGACAGAGAGGAGGAAGGAGAAGAGACGGUUGCAGUGGGAAGAUGUGUGUUGUGGAAGAAAGACGCCAAGUACAAACCGUGUUCUGCUGUCUCUGAUCGCUCAGAAAUUGAACCUGAAGAGAGUGAGGAUGAAUUGCCUCUGGUGGAAGGUGUGGUGAAGACCUCCAAGUCCGAGCCUCACCUCAAUGUGUCCCACCAGACAGUUUCAGAGUCCGACUUCGUCCGCUACCCCGGGAUCAACGACACAGAGGUCCUCACCUGUGAGUGUUCCAACCACGCCUGUCAGAAGGUCUUCUGGUUCCGCACUCUCCACAACAACCUCGACAUCCAGUUCCUUCUCAGCCUCAACAAUGCUGGCCGGACCAGCCACGAAGCCAGUGUGGACGAACACCGGUUCCAGGCCAGUAAGCGUGAUACGGGAAGCAAGAUGACUUUCACACUGCGCCUCAUUAACAUAAGGUCAGAGGACGCAGGGCUUUACACCUGUAUGCUCCAGAACCAGAAAGAGAACAAGCUGUGGAGGCCAGGAGUUCUACUCAGACCUGGAGAAACUCGGCCAACAUUACUCCCCAUCACAAAGCCCCAGCCCCAAGGCAUCCCAAACAGCACCCCAAACGGCCGCUGCACCAAAGGCAACUAUCAAACCCCAAAAGCGUCAAGAUGAGGGACUCAAAGUUUAAAGAACAACGAGAUAGAGAGAGCAAAAGCAUCUCAAUGUGCGCAGCGCUCUCUCUCUCUCUCUCUCUCU